UAUAACACCCCCAUCAUCACCAAACCCUAAAAAGGAAGUCCCUGUGCUUUCCUCUCCUCCUCCUCCUCCUCUUCUUCAACUUGAAAACAAACCCUAAUUAUGGGACCUAUUCAAUUACUCUAAAACUUUAAAAAGAGUUCUUUUUUCCCAAGAUCAUGAGUGCAAACACUUGUAGUAGCGGCGGUGCUGCUGGUAGUUCGACUGGCGGUGCUGUUGGUGGUGGUGGUGGUGGACCUUGUGGCGCGUGUAAGUUUUUGAGGAGGAAAUGUGUUCCGGGUUGUAUAUUUGCACCGUAUUUCGACUCGGAACAAGGUGCGGCUCAUUUCGCGGCGGUUCAUAAGGUGUUUGGUGCUAGUAAUGUGUCGAAGCUGUUACUUCAUGUCCCGGUUCAUAAACGGCUUGAUGCGGUGGUUACUAUAUGUUACGAGGCUCAAGCUCGGCUGAGAGACCCCGUUUACGGUUGCGUCGCUCAUAUCUUUGCACUUCAACAACAGGUUGUGAAUUUACAAGCAGAGCUAUCGUAUUUACAAGCCCAUUUAGCUACGCUAGAGCUUCCAACGCCGCCACUACCUUCUCCUCCUCCACCGCCGCCACAACAAACUCUAAUGGAACCGCCACCUCUCUCAAUAUCAGACCUCCCACCAGCCACUUACGACUUAUCCACACUUUUUGAUCCUAUGGUGCAACCUUCAUGGGCCAUGCAACAAAGACAAAUCAACCAGUUCGACUCGUCAUCGCUUGGAAGCGGCGAUCUUCAAGCAUUGGCUCGAGAACUCCUCCAUCGACAAGGGUCACCACCGCGACUACCGGCUUCACCGUCACCAUCUUUCUCAAAGUGAGACUGACCCCUUUUUAAUUUUGCUUGCCUUGGAAAAUUAUUACCAUGUGACCCAUAUAUAUAUAUAUACACUUAGCUUUAUCCAAGCAAGGGAGCUUAAAUUUUCAUGUUGUAUAUUUCAUUGGGCAAGUAAUCUGGAUAACUAAUUAACCUUUCAUUUUUAA